UGUGUAAUGGGGCGUUUUUUUUAAAAAAAAUUCAAAAAAAACGCUUGAAAACGCCCAUGUACCAUUACAUGGGGCGUUUUUUUAAGCAAAAAAUCAAAAAAUGCCCCUUUAGCGUUUUAUAAACCACGCCCAACACCCUUUGCCUUUGUCCAAUCAGAUUUCAUCCCCCUUGUCCUAUCCAAUAAGAUUUUUUCUUUUUUUUUUCUUUUUUUAUUUAAUGCCCCAAUAAUGCCCAAUAAUGCCCCAUCCCCACUACACCCAUUUUUCUAAAACGCCCAAUAAUGCCCCUUUGCUGACUGGACCGCCACGUGGCGUAAAAUGCCCACACUUGGGGGCAUUAUUUUCCCCUUCCACUACACAUGGUCUCACGCCACUUCUUAGAAUAUCCCGUCCCCAAUUUCGAUUUCUCCUCCACCCACCCACCCACCGCUUCGAUCGAUCAAUAUAACAACAUUGACAACACCCACAAAUCAUCUAACAAAAUCAAUGGAAAUUUCACUUAUUUUCGACACCCUGACAACAAUCGCCACCAAAUACGGCCAUGGAUUAGCAUUAGGCCUUUCCAAUUUCGUCACUGAUCGUCACUCUGAUCAACAACUCCACAUCUACGCCUUAAUGGCUCCACCUACCAUUAAACCCAGAACUGCACCUAAGAAAUUUGCUAGGAAGCGUUCUCGUGUUAAAAGAAGUUGUAAAACAUAUGGGGGUGAUGGGGAUGGUGAUGCAUUUUUCGAUGAAGACGGUGGCGCGUUUUUCGACGGUGGCGAUGGUCCGUUUGGUGGUGGUGGCGGUGGAGACGGUGGUGGAUUUAAUUGGGACGAAUCGUUGCCGGAUUCGACACCGGAUCCUGCAUUUGAGUUUGUAUAUGAAGUGCUUUGUUGGAUUGUUUUUUCGAAUUGCUUGCACUUUGCGGUUAAGAAGGUGAUGAAGAUUUUGGGUGAUGCUGAGAGAGAGAAGGUUGUUCCACUGAGGGUUGCUUCAGUUUGGUAACAUGAGUUACACUCUUUAUUCAUGACUUGAAUGCCAAUUGGGUUUUUCCCCCGAGACCUGGGUUCGGGUGGGACACUCAACUGGCUUGGAAGUUUUUAUGGGGUUUUCUCCAGUUGAAUGUAGUGUCACUCUCUGUGUCAAUGUGGGCAUUGUUGUAAUGAACGACUGUCUGGCCUUAGUGAGACCGAGCUUCCAAUGAGGAAAUGCGACGAGUCGAUGUAGAUAUUUUGCUGUUAAAAAAAUAAAGAAAAAAUAGCCAAUAACCUUGUUUA